CAGGGCCUGGGCCCGCACCACGGAGGAGCUGGCGCUGCCCAGAGAUUUUCUGAAUGAAGCUUUCAAGAGAGGAGGCCCAGAUGGUCCCAGUGCCCAUGCGAUGAGGGGAGAGAUCACGUUUUCCCAGUGGGUGCCGCUCAUAGAAGAAGACUGCAGGAAAUCCUCUGAGGUCUUCGGGAUCCGCCUGCCUCAGGAUUUUUCCAUAAGUCAGAUCUUUGGCAAAGCACUUGCAGAAAGAAAGAUCAACCACCCCAUGCUUCAGGCAGCUCUCACUCUCAGAAAGAAAGGAUUUACGACCUGCAUUCUCACCAACAACUGGCUGGAUGACAGCAGACAGAGAGGCAGCAUGGCCCAGCAGAUGAGUGAGCUGAGGCCGCACUUUGACUUCCUGAUAGAGUCGUGCAGGAUCGGAGUGGCCAAGCCUGACCCCCAGGUCUACAAGUUUAUGCUGGACACCUUGAAGGCCAGCCCCAGUGAGGUUGUUUUCUUGGAUGACUUCGGGUCUAAUCUGAAGCCGGCCCGUGACCUGGGAAUGGUCACCAUCCUGGUCCGCGACACUGAGACGGCCCUGAGGGAGCUGGAGAAAGUAACCGGGGUGCAGCUUCUUCAAACCGCAGCCCCUGAACCCAUCCCGUGCUGUCCAAGCGACAUGAGCCACGGGUACGUGCCGGUGAAGCCUGGGGUGCGCUUGCACUUCGUGGAGCUGGGCUCCGGCCCGGCCGUGUGUCUCUGCCAUGGGUUUCCUGAGAGCUGGUUCUCUUGGCGGUACCAGAUCCCUGCCCUGGCCCAGGCGGGCUUCCGGGUCCUAGCCGUGGACAUGAAAGGCUACGGAGAGUCAUCUAGCCCUGCUGAAAUAGAAGAAUAUUCCAUGGAAGUGUUAUGCAAGGACAUGGUAACCUUCCUGGAUAAACUGGGCAUCUCUCAAGCCGUGUUCAUCGGCCACGACUGGGGAGGCGCGCUGGUGUGGAACAUGGCCCUCUUCUACCCUGAGAGGGUGAGGGCAGUGGCCAGUUUGAAUACCCCCUUCAGGCCAGCAAAUCCCAAGCUGUCUGUGAUGGAGCUCAUCAAAGCCAACCCCGUUUACGAUUACCAGCUCUACUUCCAGGAACCGGGAGUGGCUGAGGCUGAGCUGGAGCAGAACCUGAAUCGGACUUUCAGAAGCUUCUUCAGAACACAUGAUGAGACUUUUCUCACCGUGAACAAAGUCCGUGAAGUGGGAGGACUCUUUGUGAACACCCCAGAGGAGCCCAGCCUCAGCAGGAUGGUCACCGAGGAGGACAUCCAGUUCUACGUGCAGCAGUUCAAGAAGUCCGGUUUCAGGGGUCCUCUAAACUGGUACCGGAACAUGGAAAGGAACUGGCAGUGGGGCUGCAAAGCCUUGGGAAGGAAGAUCCUGAUUCCGGCCCUGAUGGUCACCGUGGAGAAGGACUUUGUGCUUGUUCCUGAGCUGUCCAAGCAUAUGGAGGACUGGAUCCCCCAUCUGAAAAGGGGACACAUUAAUGAUUGUGGACACUGGACACAGACGGAGAAGCCCACCGAGUUAAAUCGGAUCCUCAUUGAGUGGCUGGAGACUGAUGCCAGGGACCCACCGGUGGUCUCAAAGCUGUAGGGUGUGGCUUGUGUCAGCCCCCAGCCCCCAGCAGGUGCUCCAGCCGCUUCACCUGCUGGGGCGCUGCUCUGGUACCCGGACGGGGCCUUCCCUCAUCUCAUAACCAGCAGCGUUGUUCUGAAGGAGUUUGCAGCAAAGAGUGAUUUUCUUUCAAUGAAAUGAGUCAAAUUUGACAUAAUUUGAGACACACGGAAAGUCACGUGUGAUUAAUUUUCUGGAUAUGAAUGCAUCGCUUUAUCUCUAAAAAUGAUUAGUGAUCGGUGGGGGAUGGAAUGGGAUGGCCAGGGGGUGAUUUUUCUUUGACUAAUCAGUUUAUCGAUUUGAUGAUGCAAAAUCAGCAAUCUGGAAGCAUUUCAGCAGACUGGGACUCCUUUAUUCAAUAAAGUUAACAACUGUGA